UCCCGAUGCACUUCCGUAGUAACCGGAUGUUGCUGAGCAGCAUCGGAGCGCUUGUUAAGUCCAGACUCAAACCCAGCAAAAAUGUGAACCUGCUGUGUUUUGCAAGGUGCUGCUGGAAGCGUUCAGGGGAAACUAGAUGUCUCCGUUCUCCUUAUAUGCUCUGUUAAUAUCUAGUGAAGCUCCGGCCGACGUGUUCUUGCUGUGCCUUACCAAAUCGUGAACCAUGAUGGAGCGAAGAAGAGCCUUAACUAUUCCAUUUACUGUUGACAAGGACAGCUUGAUGGAAAGCCCAUUCAGAAUCCCCAUGACAUGUUUUUCAUCAGAGUGUGGAAAGUUUGAAAGACAGGUUUCCUGGACCGAAAUUGCUUGCAAACGGAGACAUCGUGAUUUACAGCACAAAAAUGGGUCCGUGCUGUGUGAUCACAACCAUGCAGCCAUGGUCACAUUGGAAAUGGCCAGGAGAAAGCCCUGUCUGAUCCUGACAGAUAUCCUAAAGACAGAAAAGGGAAGGGCUUAUAUGGAAAGGAUAAAACAGAAUUGUACCUUGGGAAAUCAACAAGUGUCAAGUACGCGGAGGAAGACUGGUCGGGGCAGAGAAGAACCCCUGAUUUGCCGAGACACAAGGUCCACUCAAAGGGAGACUAGGAAUGAUAAAAUCAACAAUGUAACCACUAAACACAACCAGAAGACCACCUCAUCACCCCCUCAAAGAUCACGACUGAGGAGAAGGUUAAAUGUUGAUGACGAAGUGGCCAAAGAAGAAAGAGAUAUUGAGGAGGUGAUAAUAGGCAAGGACCGUGCAGAGGACUACAAAUUCGCUGAAGUUGUUGAUUGUGGUUUGUCGGUGAGCUGGGAGCCUGCUGAGGAUAGAAGAAGUUCUGAUGAGUUCUCCCCUGGUGCCAUAAAGGACAGGUGGACUGAUCCAGAAAAAGAAGUACAAAACAGUUUGAAGAGGAAAAGAAAGGAUGCAGGGGCCCAGUGUAACGGAACAGGCAGCCCCAAACGCCACCGUGAGAGUGUACUUCGCCUCACUGGAGAAGACGGAAGAGAUGGAAGACCAGCCCUGACGGGUUUUUGCCUGGAAGAAAGUGGAGAAGACGGGGAUUUGGAGAGCCUCGAUCGUAGCAUUGUACAGUUCACUGUUGGAGCAGAUGAUCCAACAGAAGCUCUGGUCCCAAUCAUCAGUCCUACUUUGGAGGCCAGAGACUUUAUUGGUACUCCCAGACAAAGUAUAUUGUCUAGCCAGGACAGCACAACCAAAAGAAGCCCCUCUGAACCCAUUGUGCUGUCCAGUGACGAUGAGGAGAGCUGUGACGUUCCUCAGCCCUGCAGCCCAGCGCUCCGUACUCUGGUCACUGUAGAAGAAGCAGUAAUACAUGCACAAUCCCCAAAAGCUGUGGCCAAACAGCAAGAAGCUUCUCACAUAGAGGACAUGCAGGUGUUGCAUGUAGUUGUAGAGAAUCCUCCGGUGGAGGUUUCUCUCAUCCCUAGUGUAGACUACUGUGUGAGUGUGGCCUUCUCCGCUUUGCACUGUGGAGGUUUCCAAGGGAAAUCGAAUGGAGACUUAAUGAUGGCAGACCAAAAAAUCAUCAUCCCACUGAAAGACACGAGUGAACAGGUGAGGGUAAUGUUAACCAUUGAGCGUAAAGAGCUGCAGAGGUACGGAGUUUGGGAGCUGCAGGACCUGGAGGCCCAGAAGCUUCACUUUAAGACUGACGAGGAGCCUUCCCCUCGCGCUAUCCUUCUGUUUUGUGUGUCAGAAACUGCUGCAGCUGCUGUACAGCAGGACCUCCUCAAGCUGGGGGUCAAACAAGAUGGUCCCACGAACACUGGCAAGGUGAGCCCGUUCAUCCUGCUGACCCUGAGAGAACCUCUGGAGGGAAUGGAGGGGGCUUUAUUGCGCUCCUUGUUGGACAUUGACUGUAUCCAAAGUCUUGCAAAUGAAAAAUCCAUUGUUUCUCAUGAUGCAGACAGAGUUAGUAGCUUGGACGACAUCCACACUCCUAUUCUUUCUGUGGGCCAGUGCAUAGAGCUGAUUAGAAAAACUGGACUGGACUCUCACCUGCUGUUCCUGUUUGGCCUGGGGAGCACUGAACCUAGACUUAACACAGACCAGGAUGGUCCACAUUCUGAUACAGACAAAAACACCACACAGAAAGAGACAAUACUGGAGCCGGAGACAGCGAUAGAACGAGACACAGAGACACCACUCAAACCAGUGGAGCUCGAGCAUCCCUCUGAGAAGAAAAAGGAGGAACCCGCUCCUGUAUACACAGUGUGCCAUCGUAGAACCAAAGGAUCCUACUCUGUGUCCCUGUGUAAACCAGACUCCAGCUGGAUUAAAUAUAAACAUCAGGGCCUAGCCCACAGGUUGAUCCAGUUUCCUCCUCCACCAUUGAAAGGAGGAAUAACUGUUACAAUGGAGGACCUGCAGUGCCUUGACAGUGGGCAGUUCCUCAAUGAUGUUAUCAUUGACUUUUACCUCAAAUACCUCCUCCAUAAGGCCUCUGCUGCUGUGGCCGAGCGCUCACACAUCUUCAGUAGCUUCUUCUACAAGCAGCUGACACGGAGGGACAAUGCCAGUGAAGGUGGCACCAGUGACUCCUGUCAGAGGCAGAGGCGGCACCAACGUGUGAAGACGUGGACACGACAUGUAGACAUCUUCAAAAAGGACUUCCUGUUUGUGCCUGUCAAUCAGGAGGCUCAUUGGUAUUUAGUUGUCAUUUGCUUUCCGGGACUGGAUGAGCCAAAAUCUGAGGCCUGGAAUGGUCCCAACUCACAGACUGGGGAGAUACAGGAUCAAGUGGCGGCUAAAAGCCAAAAUGAUAACAAUGAGAAACCACCUACAGUAAAUCACAGUGACCAUGUGGACACAGAGACUGGAAACAGUCAAGAAGAACCCACUAAAGAUCCAAAACCUGGCCCAGUGACCUGCACUGAGCAGACCUACCAGAAGAAAACAGUUUGCAAGAGGCCGUGUAUUCUUGUCAUGGAUUCCCUCAAACGUUCCCUUCAUGAGCGAGUCUUCAAACUCUUACGGGACUACUUAGAGUCAGAAUGGGAAGUCCGUCGCGGUUCGUCAAGGGACUUUAGUCCUGAUCAGAUGCAGAGCUCACACUGCCAAGUUCCCCUUCAGGACAACAGCAGUGACUGCGGCCUCUACCUGCUGCAGUAUGUCGAGAGUUUUUUGAAGGACCCUGUGGUGCACUUUGACCUCCCUCUACAACUAGAACGUUGGUUUCCACGGCAGCAGGUGCGGAGGAAACGAGACGAAAUCAGAGAUCUGGUACUAAACCUUUACCGACAUCAAAACCUGGAUAGUAACAGAUAGACACGAGAAGCAGCUCUGCAGUGCAUCACAUUCCUGUAGCCAAUAUAUUAUCACUGCUCAUACUGAGCAACGGACACUUCAGUUUGAACUGAAAAUAUUUCCUUUAAAUUAGAUGCUGUAAUUGUUUAAUGCAUUAACUUGAACAGAACAUGUAAACUUUGUAGACUAUCUGUGGGUCCUGUGAGUGAACAUGAAGGCAUCAAAUAAUUUAAAAUAAACAGGUAGUUCAUCCAACCAGAAUGAGUUUUAAGGUAGAUUGUAUGUAGACAUGAUAAUGUUUGUACACCCCAUAACUUUUUACUGAUUGUUUUUAUGCUGCAAGAUAUUUUAUUAAAAAAAUAAUAAUUUUUUAUGUAGAUUCACAAGUCAAACUAAAAAUUGUGUAGCAAUGGUUAAACCUAGUUUGUACAGCAAAUUGUGAACAGUUUUUUUUUUUUUUACUGAAUGGACUGAAUUCCCCUGAUUUCCUGGCAUAGUAUAAAAUACGUUGCAGUGUCCUUUCUGAAUUUCAUUAUAAGAUUACAUGCCAUUGACGCCUCAGGAACUGUAAUCCCAACAUGAAGCAGCAAUUCCAUCUUUUGCCCUUUGUCGGAUACAUGGAACUAGAAAAAUGUUACUGUUUCAGUCACUCAGUGCCUCACUCAGUUAUCCUGUUAGCCUCCCAGUGCUAGAUAGGAAACACGAUGCUGUCUAUAGAUGACAGUAAGCUGGGCCAGGGGUCAGCAACCUUUACUAUUAAGAGCCAUUUUCCAAAAACAAAGAAAAAUUUGUCUGGAGCCACAGAGCAUAUUUGAGCCUUAUAAUGUUAAUUAUGCCAGCAGCAUUGGUGGUAAAAGCAAACAGAUCUGUCCAUGCACUAUUACAUUCUUUAUUUUCCUCAGAUUUGUUUUUUGUAUUUGGAAUCCAUAGUUAGCCUAGCAAGAGAGACUAGUAUCCACCACUAUUGAGGUUCGGCAAAAUACAGAGGAAAAGGUCAGGAUGUAACAUACGACGCACGUUUUAGUUGCCGAAAUGUUGAAACAAUCUUUUUUUAUUUGGUGUGUAAUGGCUAAACAUUUUUACGAUUUGACAAUGUAAGAAUUACUUUAGGUGUAUGACAAUGAUGAAUGAAAAUGUUAAAAGAUAAAAGUUAUUCAUGUCCAUAUGAUUAUUUGUCAAAGGAGCCACUGGAGAGGGGCUAAAGAGCUGCAUGUGGCUCCACAGGCGCAGGUUGUCUACGCCUGAGCUAGGCUUGUCCACUUACCUCUUUUUAAGAAUCGAACUGUUGUAUGUUACCAUAUAUCUGUGACACCCUUUUAUACCGCAAUCCAUCAUGCACCCUCAAAUCAUGCUGGGGCAAAGUAAUGGUCCCCGAUGUCAACUUCACCUACACAAAUGGGCAAAAUUAGACAAAAUUGGGAUUUCAGACUAUCAGUGCAGAUUACUGUGUGAUGUUAGUUUGCAUAUAUUCUGAAUACUGAUGUGCCAUGGAGGUUAUUUUGUAUCUUGGACAUUUCCAUUUAUUUAUCCAGACUUGCAAGAAGUUCAGGGGUGCACAUACAUUAGCAUGUGUAACAGUAUUAUGCCAAACACAAACCCACUUAAUUCAGACCUAAGAGACGUCCCAGUCCAUCACUGCUGUUGCCUAAGUUCUUCUCAACAGACUGGAUAGUCUAGUAGUUUUUUUCCCUUUUGUUCAGAUGUUUGCCUCCUUUAACACUUUGAAGUCCUCGAAGACAUGUUUUUUUAAGACAUUUGUGUUGGAUGAAUAUAUAGAAGCCGGUCCCAAAAUAUCUUUGGUUUCAAUUGUGUAUUAAAACUUGUAGACCAAA